GGCAGCAUUGUAAUUUGAGAAGAGAAAUCACCAGGUCUUUGAUAGCCUCAGAAAUGGAAGCAGAGAGCCGUUGGUCCUCGUAUCCACGAGUAUUCAAGCGUUUCUUGUACAGCUACAGUAUGGUUAUAGUUCCUCUGUAUCUCCUAAUGGUCUUCUCGGCACGUCGGCUAAUGAAACUCUUCAAUCCGAUGCAGUUAAGGGCUCCUUUAAUACUUCACAAUGUCAUCUGCUGUAUCACGAGCGUAAUUUCGCUCUAUCUCUUGACUGCUGGUCUAUGGGAGGGAGGGAGCUUACUCAAAUUAAGCAUCUCCACUGAGCAUCUCUCAUUAGGCCUGUACAUAUACUGGCUGAGCAAGUACUACGAAUUACUAGACACCGUGUUCAUGAUAUUGCGACACAAGACUCGACAGAUAUCAUUUCUGCAUGUCUUCCAUCACUCCUCAAUGCCUUUUCUUGCUGAUUACGGCUACCACUAUGCACCCUGGCCUCCGAUUGGUUUUGGAUUGGCACUGAACUCAUUCGUUCACAUAGUAAUGUACUCUUACUAUGCAAUGACUGCUUGUGUCCCACUGCAUGAUUUCACUUGGAAGAAGCUCAUUACUCAGUUGCAGAUAGCACAGUUCAUUAUAGGUGUUGUGGUUGGUCUUUUUGGGUAUCUCAAUGAAGGCUAUUGUAUUUUUGCUUUCCUCUACCCUCUGGCUCUCAUUGGAUUAUUCUCUAAUUAUUAUUACCAUGCUUUCUUUAAGAGAAAGCUUGCCAUCAAAAAGUCUAGCUGAUUUUUAUACAAUAAUUUUAAUU